CUUCCGGCGGAAGUAUCUCGUAUAGCUGAGGCCUCAUCACUUCAAUGGCGACCGAAAACUGGUUGAAUAAAGAGCUGGUGCUGCUGCGGAGGGGGGUCGGAGGAGUGUGAUAGCAAAUAAAUAAAUAAAUAUAAGCCUAAAUAAUCAUAAAUUACAACUCAAAAUCUUCACACAUUAAACAAUGGCCGACACAACGGCCAAAAGUCAGAAUGUAUCGUUCCUUGAAUCGGAGCUGUAUUACCUGAUUGCGCGUUUUUUAUCGAAAGGCCCUUGUCGGAAAGCGGCAGAGGUCUUGGUGGGGGAGCUAGAGGAUUACGAGCUUCUUCCAAAACGAUUGGACUGGGAAGGCAAUGAUCAUCCCAGAACGUACGAAGAUUUGGUUCGUGCGAACAAACAUGUGGCGCCUGAUCAUUUGCUGCGGAUUUGCCAACAAAUCGGCCCACUUCUGGACAAAGAAGUUCCAUCAUGUGUGGCAGGGGUCCGAUCCCUGCUCGGUGCAGGGAGACAGUGUUUACUCCGAACCGCCAAAGAUUGCAAAAAUGUUGUUUUGAAGGGCCCAGAUUUUGCAGCUCUCCACAGAGGAAGGCCACCAGAGUUGCCUGUGAACUACAGAGGCCCUCCAAAUCUGGUCGAGGUUUAUCGUGGGAGAGAGCUGACGGGAGCAGACCGUUUUAGUUCAAUAUGUCCUGUGAGCUCCUACCAACACAUGAAGAUGCGCAGGAGAAUCCUUGGUCAUCUUUCAGCUGUUUACUGUGUUGCAUUUGACCGCACUGGACAGAGGAUUUUUACUGGCUCUGAUGACUGCCUGGUGAAGAUCUGGUCCUCCUUUGAUGGCAGUUUGCACUCUACACUGAGAGGCCAUUCAGCAGAGAUUUCUGACCUGGCUGUUAACUUUGAGAACACUCUCAUAGCUGCAGGCAGCUGUGACAAAGUGAUCCGAGUGUGGUGCCUCCGGACCUGCGCCCCAGUGGCUGUGCUGCAGGGCCAUUCUGGGUCCAUUACUUCCUUACAGUUUUGUCCAAUGGCUAAAGGCUCUGUGAGAUACAUGGUGUCUACUGGAGUGGAUGGGACAGUCUGCUUUUGGCAGUGGGAUGCCAACAACAUGACAUUUAACAAUCGCCCACACAAGUUUACAGAAAGACCCAGACCAGGAGUACAAAUGAUUUGUUCUUCAUUUAGUGCCGGUGGCAUGUUCUUAGCAACUGGCAGCACCGACCAUGUGAUUCGAAUGUAUUUUCUUGGCAGUGGGAGCCCUGAGAAAAUUGCAGAACUUGAGUCGCAUACGGAUAAAGUUGACAGCAUUCAGUUUUGCCACACUGGGGACAGAUUUGUGAGUGGCAGCAAAGAUGGAACAGCUCGAAUCUGGAAUUUUCAGCAGCAUAGGUGGAGAAGCAUUUUGCUGGAAAUGGCUUGCACAUUAGAAGGGCCUGUAACCACUCCAGAUGAGGAAAAGUUUUUCAAGCCAAAAGUGACAAUGAUUGCUUGGGAUCGACAUGAUAACCAUGUUAUCACGGCUGUUAAUACCCAUCUGGUUAAAGUGUGGCAUUCUUACACGGGGCAACUGCUUCACAUCUUGAAGGGUCACGAGGAUGAAGUGUUUGUGCUGGAGCCACAUCCCUUUGACCCCAGAAUUGUGCUGUCGGCUGGGCAUGAUGGGAACAUCUUUAUAUGGGACAUAACCAAAGGCACAAAAACGCGGCACUAUUUCAACAUGAUUGAGGGCCAAGGUCAUGGUGCUGUGUUUGACUGUAAGUUCUCACCAGAUGGACAGCACAUUGCCUGCACAGAUUCUCAUGGGCACCUGCUCAUAUUUGGAUUUGGAUGCAGUAAGCCUUACGAAAAGAUUCCAGACCAGAUGUUUUUCCACACUGAUUACCGGCCGCUUAUUCGAGACGCCAACAAUUACGUCUUGGAUGAGCAGACCCAGCAGGCACCCCACCUCAUGCCUCCACCCUUCUUAGUGGAUGUUGAUGGAAACCCACACCCCACUAAAUACCAGAGGCUUGUCCCGGGAAGGGAGAAUUUUGCAGAUGAGCAACUGAUUCCUCAACUGGGAUAUGUUGCAACAAGUGAUGGCGAGGUUGUGGAGCAGGUGAUCAGCCAGCAGACCAGUGACCAUGAUGAACAAGUCCGGGAGCUCAAUGUGCUUGAUGGCAUUAUCAGACAGUUACAGGAGCAACAGGACCAGAGGAGUAGAGAGUCAGCAGCCCUCCCAAAUGGGCCACAAAACCAGGAAGGCACCCCUAGAAGAGUUUUCAGAAAUCCAAGUGUCGAAGUCCAGUCCUCCCCAAAUGUUGGCCUUCGUCGUAGUGGGCAGGUUGAAGGUGUGCGGCAGAUGCAUCAGAACGCUCCGAGGAGCCAGAUGGCCACGGAGCGCGACCUUCAGGCCUGGAAAAGAAGAGUUGUGGUGCCAGAGUUGUCACCCUACAUACUCAAGAGACAGGAAGAGUACAGACUAGCAAAAGGGGGAGAGGAGUUGGUUCUGUAUACAACGGAAAAGAAAAGAAAGUCCUUACAUGGAUCAUUCAAGGAUGAUUCGGAUGAUGGCAGACCACGCACAAAAAGAAAAACGCGACCACGUCGGCCAAAGCAGACAAGCUAUCGAACCCGUAACACUGCAGUAGAUCAGUUUGAGUUUUCUUGUGAAGAAGGGGAAGAGACUGAAAGCUCCUUAUCUGAAGAGGAGAAUGAAAUAACAGAUAGUGGAGCUUUUUGGAUUUCUAAUGAGGAAGAAGAGGCUGAAGAGGAGUGGAAAAGUGAAAGCAACAGUUCAAGCAACUCUUCCAGUGAGUACUCUGACUGGACUGCAGAUGCAGGUAUCAAUCUCCAGCCUCCCACCCGCACCUCCUCCAGGAGGAGAGCGAGGCGCAAGCUCAGCAGCUCGGAGGAGGAAGAGUCAGCUGAGGAACAUUGUGCCGAGGCUCCAAAACCAAAGAAGCCUAAAGAAAGAACACCAAAGGGUCCAAGUCAAAGACCAGCCUUAAACAGAGAAAUAUCAAAUGAAUUCCGUCCUUCUGCAUGGAUCACUGACGUCAUCCCCCGGAAGUCCCCAUUCGUUCCCCAAAUGGGCGAUGAGGUGAUAUAUUUCCGUCAAGGCCACGAAUCUUAUGUUGAAGCGGUGAGAAGAAAUAACCUUUAUGACAUCAACCUUGACAAGCAACCAUGGAAAAAGUUGGAGCUCAGGGAUCAAGAGUUUGUUAAAAUUACUGGAAUCAAGUAUGAAGUUUGCCCUCCGACACUGUGCUGUCUGAAGCUUUCUCUCAUAGAUCAUGGCACAGGGAAGCUGACGGAUAAAUCGUUUUCUGUUAAGUACCAUGACAUGCCUGACGUAAUUGAUUUCCUUGUUUUGCGACAAUGUUACGAGGAAGCAAGGCAAAGAGACUGGCAACCAAAUGACCGAUUCAGAUCGGUUAUUGAUGAUGCGUGGUGGUUUGGGACCAUCUUAUGUCAAGAGCCAUAUCAGCCAGAGUACCCUGACAGUCACUUCCAGUGCUUUAAAGUUCAGUGGGACAAUAAUGAAAUUGAAAAGGUUAGCCCUUGGGAUGUGGAACCUAUUCCAGAAAAUGCUCAGCAGCCUGAUCAGAUUGGUGGAGGUGUCCCAGUGACCCCCGAGGAACUGAGCAGACUGAUGUAUCAACCUCAGAAGGGAGAAUGGGGAUUAGUAAGGUCCAUGGAUGAAGAAUGUGAACGAAUUAUCAGCGGCAUUGAUCAGCUCAUGGUUCUUGACUUUGUGACCCCCUUUGCUGCCCCUGUGGACAUUCUCACGUAUCCUGCAUACUGUACAGUAGUGGCAUAUCCUACAGAUCUUGGUACUAUCAGGAUGAGGCUUGUGAACAGGUUUUACCGGAAGAUCUCUGCUCUUGUGUGGGAGGUGAGAUAUCUUGAACACAACGCCAGAACGUUCAAUGUGCCAGGAAGCUCAAUUGCACGAUCAGCAAAGAAGAUCACUGACAUUCUCCUCAAGUUUAUCAACAAGCAAGACUGUACAAACAUUUUGGAGCUUUAUGGCACAAUGGAUGAAGAGACCAGUUCAGAAGAACAGGAACAGAAUGACAAUGACGCUCCUGGAACAUCGACUGGAAGAAGACUACGUCAAUGCCGGAGUGGGAAGAGAAGCACUGUGGAAGUAACCUAUGAUGUAGAUGCGUGGAAGCAGCAGUGCAAAUCUUUGCUGGAGUACAUCUUUCAGUGUGAGGACUCUGAACCUUUCCGGCACCCUGUUGAUGAGAACGAGUAUCCAGAUUACCUGAAUAUUAUAGACACACCAAUGGACUUGGAAACUGUGAGGAAGGUGUUGGAUGAAGACCGGUAUGAAAACCCAACAGAGCUUUGCAAAGAUAUCCGGUUGAUAUUUAGCAAUGCAAAAGCCUUUACGCCAAACAAGCGGUCUAAGAUCUACAGCAUGACUUUGCGACUGUCUGCGUUCUUUGAGGAGCGCAUACGAUCGAUUAUCUCUGACUAUAAAACAGCUGUGCAACACAGUGCAAAACUCCGUCGCAGUCAGAGAUUCAGGAAGAAACUGCAGCACAGAGAAGCUUCAGUCUCGAGUAGUCGUGCUUCCAGUCCGGAGAGAAAACAGAAACAGGUGAAACUUCAGGAAAAAGUGGAAGUGGUUUUCUCCAAGAAGUCUACAAAAUCGACUAAAGCCUCCUGCAUCUUGAAAUCAACGAGAUGGAGUGGAGGCACUAGCACAUCUGGAGACUCCUCCAGUGAAAACUCGGAGAGCUCCUCCGCCUCGUCGGUGUCAUUUAAAAACAUGAAGGCGAGAGCAGCAACCUCAGGAGACAGCUCUGAAGAAUCAUCGUUUGAGAGUGAAAAUGAAUCGCUGUCUAGUGGCUCCGGUGAAAAUGAAGGAAAUGCUGCAAAACCUUCGGGCUCCACUCAUCUCUAUCAGAAUGGUGCAACUAACGCAAGGAACACGAGCAGAAGGGUGACGAGAAAUAAUGCAGCAUUGGACAGGCGCAAACAAGAAAAUGGACACAGCAGAAGAGCUUGCCGUAACCAACCGAGGAAGUCUGAGAGCAGCUCGGAGAAAGAAGAGAAUUCUCCACCUACAAGUGAGGAGGAGGAGGAGGAGGAGGAGGAGGAGGAGCCGAGUCUUGCUAGACGCAAAGCUCCCAGGAGGACAGCUGCUGCUGCUGCUGUUAAUAUAAUGGCAAUGGCUGAUGAAGAGGAGGAGUCUCCUUCAGAGGGUGAAAGUCGUAAAGGCUCCAGCAGAGACCUGAAAAAGAAAUCUCCAUUGCAGAGCCGAUCUGCAGGGGUGGAAUCAUCUCGGCGGAAUGCAGAAGCACAAGGCAGCGGGCACAAACGGCCACAUAGAAAAACUAGAAAAACAAAGCAGGAAGUCAGUUCGGAAGCAGAAGAGGGAUCCAGUUCGGAAAGUGAUGCUAGCAAACGUAGCCCAAAGCGGAAAAUGCCCCCACGAUCCAGGAGGAAAAAGCCUGAAAAGGACCAGGUGGAAGAUGAGUGGGAAGUUGGAGAAGGCCAUGGUCGUACUGUGGCAGCCACACGUGCACAGAAGAAGGCUUUACUGAAGCAUGAGAAAUCUGUCACUGACAAUAAAAAUGGAAGAAGAGAAUCUGAAAACGAAGAAUUCUCUCCCUCUAGUAAUCGGCAAGCAGAUGUUGAAAGGAAGCUGCCCCCUCGAACUGCAGCAAGUAAGAAUAAACGCACAAUACAUUCUGAAGAGGAAUCUGAAUCAAGCAAGGGGUAUGAAAGCAGUCCGAAUAGAAAAAGCAAAUCCUCCACAGCCUCGGAGGAUACUGAAUCGGAGAGUGAAGGAACAAACUCGGAGAGACAGAACUUUCCCAAAAGAACGCUCCGUAGCCGCACCACUGUGACCACUUCAAGAAAAAAAGUAUCAAACAGAGACUCAUCGACAUCACAAUCUGAGAGUACAGGGCAUGAGCAAAGAAGGAGAAAUCUGCGCCAUCGAACCACCUCAGGGACACGAUUAACACCAGGCUCUGAAGGGAAAUGGGACUCGAUAAGGAAGCUGCCCCAUCGAACAGCUGCCACGAUGAAGAAAUACACAGAGGAAUCUGAAGGUACUGGAUUCGAGUCCGAGACAGAACUUCAGAAUGGCAAUUGUAACAACAGGAAACUGCCCAGUCGGGCUGCCAGCAAAGCAAAUACAGAGAGUGACACAAGAGAAGAGGGACCACCGUCUGAGCUCGAGGAGAACACCGUUGUUGGCAGAAAGAAACUUACCCAACAAAGCUCUGCCAGGAAAAAGUAUAAUCCUGGAUCAUCUGAAGAAGAGAGAGCUCAGUCUGAGGGGCAGAAGAAAAAAAUACAAAAGAGGACAAAAUUGCAGCCGCCUUCUUCUAAACGGUGUAUAUGGGACGACGGGUACUCUGAAGAAGAAAGAUCGCAGUCGGAGGAUGAGGUAGGGGCUCACAAGAGCAAGUCUCCUCAUCGGACUGCUUUUAAAAAAAAGAACAUUCGAGCAGAUUCAGAGGCAAACUCAAAAUCGGAGAGGAAUGGCAGAAAAAUGUCGGCAGUCUCGACUAGAAAAAGAAAGCUCUUAAGUGAUUCAGAAGAGAGUGCUGAAUCUGACAGGAAGGAGAAUCACGCAAGCAAAAAAAGCUUCAGGAGAGCCCCUGUAACUGAGUCUGAAGCAGAGGACCAAGAUAGGAGGGAGGCGUCGUCUGAGGAUGAAGAAUGGCAAGGUAGUGUGGUGGGGAAGAGUAGAGAGAGGCAGUCAUCGGGGGUUUCAAGGAAAAGGAGGCUUCCCAGGAAAAGCAUCAGGAAACGGAAAAGGGAUUCCAGCAGCGAGUCCGAAUCAAACAGCAGUGAUUCCUCCAGCUCAGAAUCAGAGUCCUUAAAUUUAGGAACAGGAUCUGGAUCAGAUUCCAUGGACAACAGUGUUGGUAGCUUAGAAAGAAACCCAAAUAAGAGAAAAGGGAAAAGUGCAGCCAACAGCCAGGGGGCUGUCCGGAAGUCUAAAAGAAAACAAGUAAAAUUUGCAGUACAUGACAAAGAAGAUGACGAUGAUGAUGAUGAUGAUGAAUUUGUUCCAGGCUGUGGAAAGUCACAGAGAGUCUCUUUGAUCAGGACAAGAAACCAAGGUAGACAGACUGUCAAAUAUGCUGACUUUGAAUAAAGGUAUAAAGGGUAGUCUGUAUCUCAAGAACUAGUUCGAACAGUUGUGUAAAAAAGCAAAAAACAAAACACAAACCUUAAAGACAACGAUUGAUUGUCCUGAGAAGGUAGUAGCACUGGAAUCCUUUAGAAAAUGCUGUGAAUAUAUAUUGUUUCAUUCAGGGAUUAUAUUUUAUAUUUUCUAUGAAAAAAAUUAAAAGUUUGUAAAUUAUGACUGUUAACCAUACAGGCAUUCAACUUGCCAUUUUUGCAAGGUUUAGCACAGAUGCCUUCUGUGCCUCAUUUUGGGGGCUGAUAAUAUAUGUCUGGGGGGGGGGGGG